AUGGAUUUACCGACGGAUAUGUCCGUCGGAACGAAAAAAGUUGUGACUUUCCAAUUGGUUAAAUAUCUCUGGCAAACGAUUCUUCGCCACAAAAGCUUCUCGGAAGUAAUUGAAAUCAUAAGUGAACCUUACCAGGCAUUAUUUGAUGCAGCAGAAGUUGGUAACUUUGAAUUCUUAUCAGAGCUUAUUAGUGCUCACCCUAGUUUGAUAUGGGAAGUUGACAACAAAAAUCACAGUAUAAUUCACACAGUAGUUUCACAUCGCCAUGCUAGCAUCUUCAAUCUAAUACACGAGAUAGAAUCCCAAAAGGAUCUCAUAGUAACAUACAUCGUCAAUGUAAGCAAUCCUUCACCUUCUGAACCAGUAAUAACAAAUAACACUUUAUUGCAUUUGGCUGCAAAGUUACCUCCCCCACGUCAACUUGAACUAGUUUCUGGAGCAGCAUUCCAGAUGUGCCUCGAGAUAAUAUGGUUUGAGGAGGUGAAGAAAAUAAUGCCCCCAUCAUAUGUCAUAAUGAAAAAUUCUAAUGACGUAACUGCUCAGGAAUUAUUCAGAAUAGAACAUGAAGAAUUGCGGAAAAAAGGAGAAGAGUGGAUGAAACGCACUGCAGAGUUUUGCAUACUCAUCUCAACUGUUAUUGCUACAAGAGUGUUCUCUACUGCAAUUAACAUACCGGGUGGUAUUGAUGAUGAAUCAAAAAAACCAAAUUAUUUGAACCAAACAUCAUUUCUGGUAUUUGCAAUAUCAGAUGAAGCUGCCUUCAUCUCAUCUUCAACUGCAAUAUUAAUAUUCUUGUCGAUUCUCAUGUCUCGUUAUGCUGAGGAUGACUUUUACAAGUCACUACCCUUGAAGUUGAUAUCUGGACUCAUAACUCCAUCUCCAUAG